GCUCAUCAACCUCCCCUACUCCGUUUUUCAACCAUGGAAUCCCUGGAAUUACUGGUUCACACAUCUGCACCCUCAACAAAACAAGAUGAUGAUAUCUACCGUGCCUUAGCAGAAGAUUACAUUCAGUUUGCUCCAACUCAUGUCCAUCGAAAAGAGACUACUCAGCGUGCCGCUGAACAAACGCAGACGCCAGAUCAUGCCUCGUCUAAACAUGCAGCCACACCGACCAGACUGAACAAGAGCAUUUCCGUCUCUUUUAUCAGUACAACAUCCAGCAAAGACCUGUAUGGGAGCUUCCCAUCCCAAUUGUAUUCCGAGGAACGUGUCAAGACCUCUGUGCACCGUGACUCUCAGUUAUUCGUGCCAGAUGAUCAGGUGCCGUCUUCAAGGCUCGGUCAACUCGAGCGCAUGCAGACUAAAUGGCAAGAAGAGCAGCGUAUGAAACAAAGUUUUGGGAGCUCUCGUCUGUGGAGUACUGAUAUAAAAUCAUCGGCCAAUUGGGAGGAGGCCAUGAUCGAUGAUACUCAGCUAGCUUUUCAGGUGAUGCAAAGCCAAGUGCUGGACGAUCUUUCGACUACAUCGGAAGGCACACAGGAUGAAGAUCUCCUAUCUGAGACUCAGUACGAAUUCCUCGAACUUCCUGCUGGGUCUUUACAAGUCGAAUCACCGGGCGGUGAUGGUGUUGUGUCUGAAACCCAAUACGAUACCCUUGGAUUGUCUUUCGUGGCUUCGACCCCCGAAGAUAUGCAAGACGAUGAUCCUGUGUCUGAAACCCACCUUUCACCUGGGGGAAAAGCCGCUGUUAGUAUCGCUACACGCCCGCAACUCAACUUGGCCACUGUCAGCACAACUGCAUGCGCGCGGACCGAUUUAUCGCCAAUUCUACCGGAACAUGAAUUUCAUGUGUCUGCUUCUGCGACAAACUCGAUAGUCAAUAAGGAUACUCCAUUGGCUUCAAGUUUUCAUGAUCUUCCUCUUGAGAUCCUUCCUCCUCCCCCCAAGGUCACCGUGGCCACCCCGCGUACACUUCCAUCACAAGUAACACAUAUUCUGGCUACAUUAAAAGACCAGAACCCCGAGAAGUUCAUGUCUUUGCGUACGUCCCGCAAAUUGGCGCACGAUGAACGUGGGCAUUGGAUGAUUGACUGUACCAACUGGCCUCUAGAGAACCAAGCUCAGUUUUGGUUCUCCUUUGGUGGCUACGUGCGCAGUGGUCGGCUUGGGUGGGGUGUAGGGCUUUAUCGGGAUGACACCAACUUCCAUGGACUUGGAGUCGUCCGUGUCUAUUGCUGGGGAGAGGUCGUCGAGCAUAUUUGGCUAUUACUUUGGUUGUGCUCGAAAGGCAGAAUUUCUAAUUCGGGUACUCAAUGGUUGGAUGCAGGAGAAGAAGUCGUUGUGGCUUGA